AUGCAUCGCAUACCAAAAAUCUUCUCACAUAGUUCUGAGCGUCGCAAAACCCGCUCGAAAUCUGGCUCCACCUCUAGCACAAGCUCAAGUUCCAGUCCAAGCCGCCUAGCUGCGAAGCCGAUUCCGAGACUCGAGCGGCUAAACGCCGUGAAAAACAUUGACUAUGAAUACCUGCCAUCAACUUCCUCGACUUCUGCACUAUCGGCAUCGUGUUCGUCGGAGGAAUCUUUACGAGGGCGGUCGCGGGAUUUGUACAGCGGCCAAAUGAGCUUACGAGUCGAAGGGAUUGAUGGGCAGUUUGAAUUUAUGUGUCAAACGCUGGGAUUUUCUGGAAUUGACGAUUUCGGGAUACCUAUUGAGGAAUAUGAGGCUAUGAAGAUCAGAUCCUCUGUUGCUCCUAGUUUAACUAGUCAGAAAAAUGAGGACAUUGACGGUAAUAUUCUUUCCAGUGGUAGUAUUUUGAAUUCAACAAAUCAGAAAAUCGAGGAUUGUAUUAGUAAUGUAAUUGAAAUUUCCGGUCCUAGUUGUAAUAAGGUUGUUGAGGUAAUUAAUCCAAAAUUCGAGUGUAAUGGAAUUGAAGGUUUGGUAUUUUCAAAUAGCGGUAGGGGUAGUAGUUUUAGUAUUGUUAGUAGAGGUGGUGAUGAUGGUCUAUGUGAAUUAUCAAAGAGGCUAGAGAAUAGUGCAAGGAUAAGUAAUCUAGUUUUCAGCGAUGGUAAAUUGGGGGAAAUAUGUACAAAUGGUAUUAAGGGUGUGAGGCCACCAGUUCUGGCACCUCCACCUUCAAUGUCAUUGCCCGUGAUCGACAAUGAGUGCUCAACUUGGGAUAUUUUGAAAUCAUUUGCACCAGACAGUGAUAAAAGCUUUUCAAGGUUUGAAAGAGGGUUUGGUUCAGAAGAGAACGAACAAGAGACUGAAGUAGUUGGUGGGAGGAGGGAUGAGGACGAGGAGAAUUAUAGGAGGAAGAGAAGGAUAAUGAUGAGAGAAGAAAAUGGUGUGUUAUCUGGGUCAUGUUCAUUUACCACAACUUCAAAUGAUGAUGAUUCUUCAAGUAGCACUACAGAACCAACAUCCUUUGUGUCACCCAAUGGGAGAUUUAAACGCAUUAUUGUGGACUGGCAGAAAGGGGAUCUCUUGGGUCGUGGAUCUUUUGGAUCUGUUUAUGAAGGAAUUGCCGAUGAUGGAUUCUUUUUUGCUGUGAAGGAAGUAUCUUUGCUUGAUCAAGGGGAUGAAGGAAAACAAAGGAUCAUCCAACUUGAACAGGAAAUUGCUCUUCUAAGUCAGUUUGAACACGAGAAUAUUGUCCAGUAUUAUGGUACGCAGAAGGUUGAAUCACAUCUUUACAUCUUCCUUGAGCUGGUUACUAAAGGAUCCCUUCUGAGCCUUUACCAGAAGUACAACCUCCGAGAUUCGCAGGUCUCCGCUUAUACUAGACAGAUUUUACAUGGCUUGAAGUAUCUGCAUGACAAAAAUGUGAUCCACAGAGAUAUUAAGUGUGCAAAUAUAUUGGUGGGUGCAAAUGGCUUGGUGAAACUUGCAGAUUUUGGCCUUGCGAAGGCCAUUAAGUUGAAUGAUGUAAAGUCUUGCAAGGGGACUCCAUUCUGGAUGGCUCCUGAGGUGGUUAAGAGCCUGGGAUAUGGGCUAGCAGCAGAUAUAUGGAGCCUUGGGUGCACUGUCUUGGAGAUGCUAUCCCGACAUUUUCCAUACUCCAGUAUGGAACCUAUGUCGGCACUAUAUAGGAUAGGAAGGGGCGAACUACCACCAAUUCCAGAUUCUCUUUCCAGCGAUGCACGCAAUUUUAUCCUUGAAUGUCUACAAAUUGAUGCAAGUGCACGCCCAACGGCCUCUCAGCUCUUGGAUCAUCCCUUUGUGAAGCGACCACUUCCAGCAUCAUCGGGCUUUGCUUCUCCUUAUCGAUGA